GAAGACGAGCCGCGGGCAGCAGGGCUCCCUCAGCCUCUCUCUGCUUAGUGCUAAAAGCGGACACACUUUCUGAUAUUUGUAUACACAUUCACCGCGCCGGUGAUGCUUUGAUAUUUUUUGAAAUCCAAAGUAAAGGACCUUUUUUAUUUUUAUUUUCCUUUUAACCUCGGGCGCCCCUUGGACCGAAUUACCGCCUGGUUGAUUAUAUUUCCAGCGGGCAGACGUGCAUCCUGUCAGGGGAGAGGUUAGCAACACCGUGAAGCAUUGCAACAAACCCUAACGGAUCGGAAAAACACUCCUGAGGAACUGCAAUCUGUUAUUCUGUUGCAAUCUCCGUUUCAGUCGCUGGACUUUUGCAACGUUUGACUAGAAAUGGUUGGCAGGUUGAACUUGCCAAAUGUUUGUGAAGGAGAUCCACUGGAUAUGAGCUGCAGGGUUGAGAGAGGACUUGACAGCCCGGACUCCGGGUUACCCCCGAGCCCGAGCCCCAGCGCCUGGCUGCUGCCUGUGUGUCCGGAUAAAGGUGGCGUGAGCCCGGUGAUUGAGGACGAGGAAAGGGUCUCCCUGGUUCCAGUUUUACCCACCGGAUCUUUCCAGCAGCUACACCCAUUGUCCUUUGGGGAAGGCAUAGCACUUGAUCCAUUACCGCCAAAGGAAAUACGAUACACCUCAUCCGUGCACUACGACUCGGACCGCCACUUCAUCCAGGCCCUGGCCCUGCAGCCCACUGGCCGUGGCCUUGAACACUGCAGGCAGACCAUCAUGGCGGUGCCCCACAGUACCUGGCGCCACUACAAGACACAGUUGGAGUUCCAGCCUCGCCAUCGACCACAGCACUUCAAGAGUACCACCAUUGUCUACCCCAAGAAAACCAGCGCCCUCUACACCACAGAGCUGAGCUACAACUGCAACCGACUAUCUAAACGUUUCCUCUCUAGUGUGGAGCUGGUCGCAGAGAGCUCCCUCAGUGAUGGGACAGGUGGCCGGGAACACAAGGGUGCUAUGCCCAAGGCCCUUAUACUGUAGCUCCCCUAAGGCUGGCUGCCAUCCACCUGCUGUGUUGUCUUUUUACACUUGUGUCAUCUUUUUCAGUCCCCUUCCUAAACUUCAGACAGGAAGCACCUGUGCUGUGCGACGGUGUUACAUGGUCCAUACCUGCACCUUUCAAUGUGUGGUCUAUCCAUUGGAAAGGAUAUUUCAUUUAAUAUUUCACUUUUCACGCAGCUUUUCGGUUUCCAAAGGCAUGCUCAUGUGUGAUUGUUUUGUAAUGGCUGUAGAAUAGGCUCAUAGGACAGGGAUGUGGUGAAUGUGACAUCAAUUGGGCAAUUAUGAAUUGUGAUUGGUUUUAAAUUUGAACUUGAGGCCUGUGUCCACUCAGAACAAGUGAUCCCAAACAUAGAGAAGAGAGAGAUAAAAGGGAAAGUAAAAAUAAAAUGUGAUGCAUGCCGGGGUUUAGAUGCAUGCUAAGAAAUCUCAAGCUUAUACACACUGUAACUGUUUGUCUACAGAGGAUGUAGUGAUAAUACUUAACACACGUCUUCUUUCUUCACAGGGUAUUUUGUGUUUCUGCACAACAUAGACACAAACCAAGCUCCCACAAGCCUUCUUUCUGGACAUUGCUAUGAUUCAUAAUGUAUUUUGUAAAUGUUGCUAGAUAAGGGAACUCUUCUGUUUGUUGAGAUGUUGAGAUUGAUUUUAAUGUGUCAUGAAUUCAGAGUUUACUGAGAAGUGGAUAUAUAUGUUUUGAUAUCAUCUACAAGCUGCAUUCCACUGCCAUCACUUUCUUUGGAUUGAAAUUGUAUUUAUUAUGUUGGAGUUUCAGUUUCUGAGAUUUUAUCAGCUGUUUAACGGGUCUCUCCACAGUCAUGGCAAGGGAUAUUUUGUUGAUGCCGUUUGAGUCUUAUUGAUGCUUUUAUAUAUUAAUCGCUGCAGUGCCAGUUUGAAAUAAAGUGCUCAUCAGUU